CUUCUCCCUGCGAAAUCGUUGUGUUACAAUGAUUGCCCUUGGAUAAAAGUAAAGGAUACCACUGUAAAAUACUGUCAUGCUGAUAUACCCAGGGAAGUAGCGGUAAAACUAGGAGCAGUCCCAAAGCGACACAAAGCCUUAGAAAGAUAUGCAUCCAAUGUCUGUUUUACAACACUUGGCACAGAAUUUGGACAGAAAGAAAAAUUGACCAGCAGAAUUAAGAGCAUCCUUAAUGCAUAUCCUUCUGAAAAGGAAAUGCUGAAAGAGCUUCUACAGAAUGCUGAUGAUGCAAAGGCGACAGAAAUAUGUUUUGUGUUUGAUCCUAGACAGCAUCCAGUUGAUAGAAUAUUUGAUGAUAAGUGGGCCCCACUGCAAGGGCCAGCCCUUUGUGUGUACAACAACCAGCCAUUUACAGAAGAUGACGUUAGAGGAAUCCAGAAUCUUGGAAAAGGCACGAAAGAAGGAAAUCCUUAUAAAACUGGACAAUAUGGAAUAGGAUUCAAUUCUGUGUAUCAUAUCACAGACUGUCCAUCUUUUAUUUCUGGCAAUGACAUCCUGUGUAUUUUUGAUCCUCAUGCUAGAUACGCACCAGGGGCCACAUCCAUUAGUCCUGGACGUAUGUUUAGAGAUUUGGAUGCAGAUUUUAGGACACAAUUCUCGGAUGUUCUGGAUCUUUAUCUGGGAACCCACUUUAAACUGGAUAAUUGCACAAUGUUCAGAUUUCCUCUUCGUAAUGCAGAAAUGGCCAAAGUUUCAGAAAUUUCGUCUGUUCCAGCAUCAGACAGAAUGGUCCAGAAUCUUUUGGACAAAUUGCGCUCAGAUGGGGCAGAACUUCUAAUGUUUCUUAAUCACAUGGAAAAAAUUUCUAUUUGUGAAAUAGAUAAAAGUACUGGAGCUCUAAAUGUGCUGUAUUCAGUAAAGGGCAAAAUCACGGAUGGAGACAGAUUAAAAAGGAAACAAUUUCAUGCAUCUGUAAUUGAUAGUGUUACUAAAAAGAGGCAGCUUAAAGACAUACCAGUUCAACAGAUAACAUACACUAUGGAUACCGAGGACUCUGAAGGAAAUCUUACUACGUGGCUAAUUUGUAAUAGAUCAGGUUUUUCAAGUAUGGACAAAGUAUCUAAGAGUGUCAUAUCAGCUCACAAGAAUCAGGAUAUUACUCUUUUCCCACGUGGUGGAGUAGCUGCUUGUAUUACUCACAACUAUAAAAAACCCCAUAGGGCCUUCUGCUUUCUGCCUCUCUCUUUGGAGACUGGGCUUCCAUUUCAUGUGAAUGGCCACUUUGCACUAGACUCAGCCAGAAGGAACCUGUGGCGGGAUGAUAAUGGAGUUGGUGUUCGAAGUGACUGGAAUAACAGUUUAAUGACAGCAUUAAUAGCUCCCGCAUAUGUUGAAUUGCUAAUACAGUUAAAAAAACGGUAUUUCCCUGGUUCUGAUCCAACAUUAUCAGUUUUACAGAACACCCCUAUUCAUGUUGUAAAGGACACUUUAAAGAAGUUUUUAUCAUUUUUCCCAGUUAACCGUCUUGAUCUACAGCCAGAUUUAUAUUGUCUAGUGAAAGCACUUUACAGUUGCAUUCACGAAGACAUGAAACGUCUUUUGCCUGUUGUGCGAGCUCCAAAUAUUGAUGGCUCUGACUUGCACUCUGCAGUUAUAAUUACUUGGAUCAAUAUGUCUACUUCAAAUAAAACUAGACCAUUUUUUGACAAUUUACUACAGGAUGAAUUGCAACACCUUAAAAAUGCAGAUUAUAAUAUCACCACACGGAAGACAGUGGCAGAGAAUGUCUAUAGACUGAAACAUCUCCUUUUAGAAAUUGGUUUCAACUUGGUUUAUAACUGUGAUGAAACUGCUAAUCUUUACCACUGUCUUAUAGAUGCAGAUAUUCCUGUUAGCUAUGUGACCCCUGCUGAUAUCAGAUCUUUUUUAAUGACAUUUUCCUCUCCUGAUACUAAUUGCCAUAUUGGGAAGCUGCCUUGUCGUCUCCAGCAGACUAAUCUAAAACUUUUCCAUAGUUUAAAACUUUUAGUUGAUUAUUGUUUUAAAGAUGCAGAAGAAAAUGAAAUUGAAGUUGAGGGACUGCCCCUUCUCAUUACACUGGACAGUGUUUUGCAAACUUUUGAUGCAAAGCGACCGAAGUUUCUGACAACAUACCAUGAAUUGAUUCCAUCCCGCAAAGACUUGUUUAUGAAUACAUUAUAUUUGAAAUAUAGUAAUAUUUUGUUGAACUGUAAAGUUGCAAAAGUGUUUGACAUUUCCAGCUUUGCUGAUUUGUUAUCCUCUGUGUUGCCUCGAGAAUAUAAGACUAAAAAUUGCACAAAGUGGAAAGACAAUUUUGCAAGUGAGUCUUGGCUUAAGAAUGCGUGGCAUUUUAUCAGCGAGUCUGUAAGUGUGAAAGAAGAUCAGGAAGAAACAAAACCAAAAUUUGACAUUGUUGUUGAUACUCUAAAAGACUGGGCAUUGCUUCCAGGAACAAAGUUUACUGUUUCAGCCAACCAGCUUGUGGUUCCUGAAGGAGAUGUUCUGCUUCCUCUCAGCCUUAUGCACAUUGCAGUUUUUCCAAAUGCCCAGAGUGAUAAAGUUUUUCAUGCUCUAAUGAAAGCUGGCUGUAUUCAGCUUGCUUUGAACAAAAUCUCUUCCAAAGACAGCACAUUUGUUCCUCUGUUGUCAUGUCACACAGCAAAUAUAGAGAGCCCCGCAAGCAUUUUGAAGGCUCUACAUUAUAUGGUCCAAACAUCAACAUUUAGAACGGAAAAAUUAGUAGAAAAUGACUUUGAAGCGCUUUUGAUGUAUUUCAACUGCAAUUUGAAUCAUUUGAUGUCCCAAGAUGACAUAAGAAUUUUAAAGUCACUUCCAUGCUAUAAAUCCAUCAGUGGCCGCUAUGUGAGCAUUGCAAAAUUUGGAACAUGCUACGUACUUACAAAAAGUAUCCCUUCAGCUGAAGUGGAAAAAUGGACACAAUCAUCAUCAUCUGCAUUUCUUGAAGAAAAAAUACACUUAAAAGAACUAUAUGAGGUGAUUGGUUGUGUACCUGUAGAUGAUCUUGAGGUAUAUUUGAAACAUCUCUUACCAAAAAUUGAAAAUCUCUCUUAUGAUGCAAAAUUAGAGCACUUGAUCUAUCUUAAGAAUAGAUUAUCAAGUGCUGAGGAAUUAUCAGAGAUUAAGGAACAACUUUUUGAAAAACUGGAAAGUUUAUUGAUAAUCCAUGAUGCUAACAGUAGACUAAAGCAAGCAAAGCAGUUCUAUGAUAGAACUGUGAGAGUUUUUGAAGUUAUGCUUCCUGAAAAAUUGUUCAUUCCUAAAGAUUUCUUUAAGAAAUUGGAACAACUUAUAAAACCCAAAAAUCAUGUUACAUUUAUGACAUCCUGGGUCGAAUUCUUAAGAAAUAUUGGACUAAAAUAUGUACUUUCUCAGCAGCAGUUGUUACAAUUUGCUAAGGAAAUCAGUGUGAGGGCUAAUACAGAAAAUUGGUCCAAAGAAACUUUGCAAAAUACAGUUGAUAUCCUUCUCCAUCAUAUAUUCCAAGAACGAAUGGAUUUGUUAUCUGGAAAUUUUCUGAAAGAACUGUCUUUAAUACCAUUCUUAUGUCCUGAGCGGGCCCCCGCAGAAUUCAUUAGAUUUCAUCCUCAAUAUCAAGAGGUAAAUGGAACACUUCCUCUUAUAAAGUUCAAUGGAGCACAGGUAAAUCCAAAAUUCAAGCAAUGUGAUGUACUCCAGCUGUUGUGGACAUCCUGCCCUAUUCUUCCAGAGAAAGCUACACCCUUGAGCAUCAAAGAACAGGAAGGUAGUGAUCUUGGUCCACAAGAACAACUUGAACAAGUUUUAAAUAUGCUUAAUGUUAACCUGGAUCCUCCUCUUGAUAAGGUCAUCAAUAACUGCAGAAACAUAUGCAACAUAACAACUUUGGAUGAAGAAAUGGUAAAAACUAGAGCAAAAGUUUUAAGGAGCAUAUAUGAAUUCCUUAGUGCAGAAAAAAGAGAAUUUCGUUUUCAAUUGCGAGGAGUUGCUUUUGUGAUGGUAGAAGAUGGUUGGAAACUUCUGAAGCCUGAGGAGGUAGUGAUAAACCUAGAAUAUGAAUCUGAUUUUAAACCCUAUUUGUACAAGCUGCCUUUAGAACUUGGCACAUUUCACCAGUUGUUCAAACACUUAGGUACUGAAGAUAUUAUUUCAACUAAGCAGUAUGUUGAAGUGUUGAGCCGUAUAUUUAAAAAUUCUGAAGGUAAACAAUUAGAUCCUAAUGAAAUGCGUACAGUUAAGCGAGUAGUUUCUGGUCUGUUCAAGAGUCUACAGAAUGAUUCAGUCAAGGUGAGGGGUGAUCUGGAAAAUGUACGAGAUCUUGCCCUUUACCUCCCAAGCCAAGAUGGUAGAUUGGUAAAGUCAAGCAUCUUAGUGUUUGAUGAUGCACCACAUUAUAAAAGUAGAAUCCAGGGGAAUAUUGGUGUGCAGAUGUUGGUUGAUCUCAGCCAAUGCUACUUAGGGAAGGACCAUGGAUUUCAUACUAAGUUGAUAAUGCUCUUUCCUCAAAAACUUAGACCUCGAUUAUUGAGCAGUAUACUUGAAGAACAGUUAGAUGAAGAGACUCCCAAAAUCUGUCAGUUUGGGGCAUUGUGUUCUCUACAAGGAAGAUUGCAGUUACUCUUGUCUUCUGAACAGUUCAUUACAGGACUGAUUAGAAUUAUGAAGCAUGAAAAUGAUAAUGCUUUUCUGGCCAAUGAAGAAAAAGCCAUAAGACUUUGCAAAGCUUUAAGAGAAGGAUUGAAAGUGUCCUGUUUUGAAAAGCUUCAAACAACAUUAAGAGUGAAAGGUUUUAAUCCUAUUCCCCACAGCAGAAGUGAAACUUUUGCUUUUUUGAAACGAUUUGGGAAUGCAGUCAUCCUGCUCUACAUUCAACAUUCAGACAGUAAAGAUAUUAAUUUCCUGUUAGCAUUGGCAAUGACUCUUAAAUCAGCAACCGACAAUUUGAUUUCUGAUACUUCAUAUUUAAUUGCUAUGCUAGGAUGCAAUGAUAUUUACAGGAUCGGUGAGAAACUUGACAGUUUAGGAGUGAAAUAUGACUCUUCAGAGCCGUCAAAACUGGAACUUCCAAUGCCUGGUACACCAAUUCCUGCUGAAAUUCAUUACACUCUUCUUAUGGACCCAAUGAAUGUUUUCUACCCGGGAGAAUAUGUUGGGUACCUUGUUGAUGCUGAAGGUGGUGAUAUCUAUGGAUCAUACCAGCCAACAUACACAUAUGCAAUUAUCGUUCAAGAAGUUGAAAGGGAAGAUGCUGACAAUUCUAGCUUUCUAGGAAAGAUAUAUCAGAUCGAUAUUGGUUAUAGUGAAUAUAAAAUAGUUAGCUCUCUUGAUCUGUAUAAGUUUUCAAGACCUGAUGAAAGCUCUCAAAGCAGAGACAGUGCUCCUUCUACACCAACCAGCCCUACUGAGUUCCUUGCCCCUGGUCUGAGAAGCAUUCCUCCUCUUUUCUCUGGUAGAGAGAGCCACAAAACUUCUUCAAAACAUCAGUCCCCCAAAAAGCUUAAGGUUAAUUCUUUGCCAGAAAUCUUAAAGGAAGUGACUUCUGUGGUGGAGCAAGCAUGGAAACUUCCAGAAUCGGAACGAAAAAAGAUUAUUAGGCGGUUGUAUUUGAAAUGGCAUCCUGACAAAAAUCCAGAGAACCAUGACAUUGCCAAUGAAGUUUUUAAACAUUUGCAGAAUGAAAUCAACAGAUUAGAAAAACAGGCUUUUCUAGAUCAAAAUGCAGACAGGGCCUCCAGACGAACGUUUUCAACCUCAGCAUCCCGAUUUCAGUCAGACAAGUACUCAUUUCAGAGAUUCUAUACUUCAUGGAAUCAAGAAGCAACGAGCCAUAAAUCUGAAAGACAGCAGCAAAACAAAGAAAAAUGCCCGCCUUCGGCUGGACAGACUUACUCUCAAAGAUUCUUUGUUCCUCCCACUUUCAAGUCGGUUGGCAAUCCAGUGGAAGCACGCAGAUGGCUAAGACAAGCCAGAGCAAACUUUUCAGCUGCCAGGAAUGACCUUCAUAAAAAUGCCAAUGAGUGGGUGUGCUUUAAAUGCUACCUUUCUACCAAGUUAGCUUUGAUUGCGGCUGACUAUGCUGUGAGGGGAAAGUCUGAUAAAGAUGUAAAACCAACUGCACUUGCUCAGAAAAUAGAGGAAUAUAGUCAGCAACUUGAAGGACUGACAAAUGAUGUUCACACAUUGGAAGCUUAUGGUGUAGACAGUUUAAAAACAAGAUAUCCCGAUUUGCUUCCUUUUCCUCAGAUUCCAAAUGACAGGUUCACUUCUGAGGUUGCUAUGAGGGUGAUGGAAUGUACUGCCUGUAUCAUAAUAAAACUUGAAAAUUUUAUACAACAAAAAGCGUGAAGGUAUUUAAAGAAAAAAAGAGGUAGAUCUUCAAUGUGUGUAGCACAAGUAUAAAUUGCUGUACUUCAUUAAGCUUCAUUGCCAGUUAGCUAGGAAUUGUGAAGCACAUUGCAGAUCGUUUUGGGAGGAUUCUGGAGUUGUUACCAUGAGUACCGACAGAAAACCUUAACUGAAUCUAGAACUGUUUUGAAGAUGGUGGUGAGCUGCAAAAUAGCUAGAUAGAUUUGAAUGACUGGGAUGGCACAUUAUUGAACUGCACUUUAUAUAACCAAAGCUUAGCAGUUUGUUAGAUAAGAGUCUAUGUUUUGUCUCUGGUUAAGGAGGAAUAAUUUUGUUUUUAACAUGGUAUAUUUGAAGGAGCUAAUGAAACACUGGACAUAUCAUUGGUUUAAACAUGUAAGGGGAAUUAAGUCUUUGUAGUUUGUCAUUUUUUUAAGUAGAUCCUCUUGGUUGCAUUAUUUUCUUAUCAGCUGGCUCUGAUCAUGAAUUUGUUGCAAUUUUAUGUCAUACUCAGUGCAUUUAAAAAAUGGUACAGUAUUUUGAUCCUAUUACUUGAGUAAGAGUGUGAAGGUAGUACUUUUUAGAGUGCACUGAGUGCACCUUACAUCUUUAUUUAAAUUUUUUUAAUAUCUUAUGUUUACAGGCUUCCUGUUUCAUGAAGAUAGCAGUGGAAAACUCAAAAUGGUGGCAGUUCUUAUUACCAGAUGUUAGUAUUGUUUCUGGAAACUGCUUGCCAGGACAACAUUUAUUAACUGUUAGAACACUUGCUUUAUGUUUGUGUGUACAUAUUUUCCACAAAUGUCAUAAUUUAUAUAGUAUGGUUGAACAGGAUGCAAUCUUUUGUUGUCUAAAGGUGCUGCAGUUAAAAAAAAAACUUCUUUCAAUAUGGCACUUAGCGGAGUUUUUUUUUUUUUUCACUUUAAAAACAUUAAAAAUCAUCGAGUUUAUAAUUAUCAGCUUAUAUUUCCCCAUGAAUGAUUAGAACUGACAUUUAAUUCAUGUUUGUCUCACCAUACUUGUUUACUUUAACAUAUUUCUUUUGCAGAAUGUAAAAGAAAGGUAAUGAAAAUUAGUUUAUUGAGUGUACUGGCUGUAAAUGAUGCUAAAUAUAUUUUAUGCAAUUAAGGGCUUACAGAAAAUGUUAAAACAUUUUUUACUUUUAUUGGUAAUAGGAAUGUUUGCACCUCCAAAUUAUAUUGCUUCUGGAUGUGAAAUCAUGUAAUUAUUUCUGCUGUUACAUUAAGUGCCAUACUUUUAUUUUAAUAAAGCAAAAUGUACAUAUGAAAUCAU